UUCACCUGGCGUGCUGCUACCACUGGCUGGCUGCUUGAGAAUAGACUUCAGCAUCAGCAUCACGAAAUCGAUGUAGAAAUGAAAAAGAACGAUACGGUCGGAGAUUUAGGUUAGUCUCGCGCUUUAGUGGUAUUUGAUAACUGCGACUGCUCCCAGCAACAGGUGUGUUCUGUCUAGACACACAGGAGCAGACAGACAGACAGGCAGCAAACCCAAGUCUUCCCAAAUCAACACUACUCCUCCUCUAUACCCAUUCACACUCCUCUCUCUCCCCCUCCAUCCCUCUUUCUCUCCCUCGCGCCCCACCUUCAUCAUGUCCAGCGGAGCCCUGGGGCGUCUCAGUACCCUAACCCUGAGUGUGAAACAGAUCAGCCGGCUGCCUCACCUCUCCGACAUCCUCCCCUCUUCUCUCCCCUCCCUCCCCUCCCCCAGCCCCACCGUCCCCGUCUCCUGCGUCCCCACUCUGUUCCGGGAGCCCUACAUCCUCUCCGGCUACCGCCCGGUGGGGCAGGACUGGCGAUGUUACCUCCUCAGCCUCUUCCAGAGACACAACGAAUCCCUCAACGUCUGGACACACCUUCUGGCUGGCCCCUUGGUGCUGCUGCGUGUCUGGGCCUAUGGAUUGUCCCUAGACCCAGCCUCCCUGCCUCUCUGCCUGUACAUACUGUCUGCCCUCACCUACCUGUGUUGUAGCGUGACAGCCCACCUGCUUCAGUCCCACUCCGAGCUGACCCACUAUUCUCUGUUCUUCCUGGACUAUGUGGGCGUGGCGGUGUAUCAGUAUGGCUGUUCCCUGGCUCACUAUUUCUACUGCUCUGAGCCUGCCUGGAGGGAGAGCGCUGUAGGGUUCUGGUUCCUCCCUGGUGCUGCCCUACUUGGCUGGCUGUCCUGCGCCAGCUGCUGCUUUGCCAAGUCACGUUACCGCCGGCCCUAUCCGCUCCGGAGGAAGAUCUGCCAGCUGAUCCCCACAAGCAUGGCCUACUUCCUGGACAUCAGCCCUGUAGCCCACCGCCUGGCCACCGUACCCUGGGGACAGGACCCCGCUCUACCGCUCCACGCCCUGCAGAUGGCCUUCUUCCUGCUUGCAGCCCUCUUCUUCUCCUGCCCUGUUCCUGAGAGGUUCUUCCCGGGGCAUUGUGACAUCAUGGGUCAGGGACACCAGAUCUUCCACCUCUUCCUGUCUCUGUGUACUCUAUCUCAGCUGGAGGCCCUUUUCCUGGACUAUGGCAGUCGGAGGGAUACAGUGCUGCAGGUGUAUGGGGAGAGGCAGCUGUGGUUCGCCGGUGUAUCCUUCCUCGCCCUGGCACUAUGUAGUGCCCUGACUGCGGUUGUCAUGAGGAGGCAUGUACAGAGACGACUGGAGAAAAGUGAAACUGUGAAACAGUGAGGAGGGGAGAGGAAGAAUGAGACAUUUUCAGUGUUUUGAGAAUGAUCGUGUCCUGUAAAUGUAUAGAUACAGUAUUUAUCUAAGACGAUAAGCAUCUUUAUAGCAGAUGAAGGUUUCGUGCCUUAAAAGAUUAUUUGAUUCCUGUACAAUAUAACCAUUUCCUUCUUUGUUUACGCAUCUCUGGACAGAGGGUAAAUGUUUAUUUGACUACUUACUGAAGCCUUGAUUCAGUAACCUGGUCCCAGAUCUGUUUGUGCUGUAUGGCCAACUACUGUGGUCAUUGUCAUGCCAAAUGUAGAAACAGAUCUGGGACCAGGCUAUUGAUUCAGUUGAUAUCUGAGGAACCCAUGAAAGGGUUUUAUUGUUAAGCUUUAAUGGAAUUUCACCCCAAAAGUCUGAUGACUGUGAUAAAGAGUUACUUACGUUUUUAAAGCUGGAUUUUGGCUUUCCCUUUCAGCUGUCGGUGUGAGACUGGGCAGGCCACGGGAUUGAGCAAAAGAAGUAGUCCGUUUUUAUUGAGCAGUGAACAGAACAGGCUGUGAUUUGGCCAUGGUGACAGGCAGACUAUAGGCCAUGCAGGGCAGGAUCUGGCAACUAGUGUGAGUUGCAGAUCUGAUUACAGUGGGUUGGGGAGAUCUGGGUGUCCCGAGGAGUGAUGGUUUUAUACAGGGUGAACCUGGGUCAUAUUGGAUAUACUCAUUGACAUUUUUACAGAUAAAGCAAAAGCAUUGAUGCGAGACAAACCUACACAAAGCAACGUGUUGUGUGAUUUGGUUCUAGACAUAUUUGUAUUACAUACAUCAUAUGAAAAAGCCUAGAUAUCAGCGUCCAUAAAUAUGAUGAUGACACUACCAAUUCUGUAUCGUAUUGUCUUGAGAACGGGGAAUUUUCAUAAAAUCAACAUGAAUGUAGAAUUCAAUAGCAAGGUUGUUGUUUGUAUGGCCGGUAUUGAAUACCAGUGUUCUGAUUUAGUUUACGUUACAGUCCAUGAAAACCAUGACGGUACAGAGAAAGCUGACCCAACACUUCCUCUAAUACUGCGAUUGGUACACAGCACACUUCAUCAGGUUUCUCCACACUCUAGUGCACACUGUUGACCCUGGUUGCAUCUGAAAUGCCACCCAAUUCCCCACAGGGCUCUGCAUGGUCCAGAGUAGUGCACUACAGUUCAUUCGGAAAGUAUUCAGACCCAUUCACUUUUUCCACAUUUUGUUACGUUACAGCAG